ACUUCACCUCGCCAUUUGUUAGCUGUUAGCUGUUAGCAACACCCGCAUACGCGUAAAUAAACGUGUGUUCCGCGUACGUUUUGUCGCGCACGCGUUUGAGAGUAAUACGUUCGUGAUUCGAGCGGCUCAGUGUCUUAAAAGGCAGCUUAAUCCUGCCUUUGGAGUACUUUACGGGCUUUUCCCUUUCGGCCGAGCUGAUGGCAACAAGCUUCUCGUGACCUCACCGCCGCGCUCGCCCAUUGGCCCGCGCCCACUGCCCGCUCGGCCAAUCGCGCGGCGCUCCGGUGACGUAUGGCCGCCCAGCCCCCGCGCCGAUUGGCCCGGGAGGCGGAACUCGGGCGGCUCUGGUAUUUUGAACGCCUCCGAUUGGUCGGCAGAGCGCAAGAGAGGGACGGUGAACGAGAAAGUGUCAAGUCGGGAGUUAAGUGUUCUUUGUUGUCCUCAAAUCAACCUGUGGAUUAUAACUUGGCGUUAGAAGAAUCAGACCGUUACAAAAAAGGAAUUUAACUCGUUUUGGUGGAACUAUUUGGGCAGAGGAUGGUAUGUUUUAGCUGUAGCCUAAAGCUAAAACUGUCUGGUUGUUCGAGUGUUGCCAUUCUGUUGCGUGUCGAGUCGUUUAAAAGCUUAAAAAACAGAUUCGAUUAAAAACAAACAAAAAAAAUAGAUGUGAAUAAAAGACAUAACGCCUUUACUUCCGCAUAGUCACGCCCACAGGGGCACCCGAUUGGCCAGCGCCGCCUCGGUCUCCCAACAGCUGUUUUGUGUUUUCCCACACCGCCAUUGGCCCCGUUGCUCCGUCAAUCAAGUUUACUUUCCGGCCUUCUCCCGCCCAUAUUUCAGCUUCUCGCGCUGCCAUUGGCUACUGUACCCGUCCGCGCGCGGCCAUUGGCCGAGCGAGCUGGUUGUCAAGGCUUCGAUGUCUCCAUUCACCAUUUUGCGACUGUAGCGUAGAAUGUACAGGGGCACUAGUGUUUUUUCCCCCCUCUCCUCAUUUGAAGUUGCCUCGCCGGAGAAACAUGAGCGGCGACUGAGCGGGAGCCGCGGACGACCGGAGUGGCCUGCGAGCUCGCCCUAUUUUCACCCGCGGACUCGGCGAGGCUGUCGUCCACGUUGGCCGCGCGCAUCUCUGGAAUAAAACGGUGGCAAGUGAAGAAGUCGCCCGGUCAAGAAGACAUGAAAGCGGGGGCCCUGACAGACAUAACUCGAGAGUAAAGAAGGAGGCGGGGGGAACGGAGGAGAAGCAAGCGGGACAAAACAACAAGGAGACGCCUCUUGUCCGGAGGAAAAGGCUCGCUUCAUGACAAGAUGAAGCCAAUCAAAAAGCAGGGCCGCCGUCCCCCCCCCUCCACCCGGGCCAAAGGGGGAAAGCGGCGCGCUGCCGGCGAGGCCCCGGAAGGAGGCGAGAAACGAGACACGGAUGAAAACCGAGACGGAACCCCUCAAGUCCAAGAUCACCUCUCUUUCUCAUCUCAAUCGGAGUCCUGCGACCCAGUCGGAGCCCGAGACUCUUCCGACGGAGAGUCGCUUUUCAUCGACUCUGGGAAAUUGCUAGCGUCGUCAGACGAUCCAUCCGGACAUUCGGCAUUGAGUGCCGGGAGCCACAGUGACAGCAAUGCGAGCAGCUGCAGUAACAGCAGCACACCAAGCGCCAACAGCAGCCCCAACCCCACGUCCAGUCGCAAAACCGCCACCUUUAAGGCUCGCGUUCCCAAGAAGAAGUACACAUCCGAACACUGCUCCAUUACUACCGGCGGUAACCAUAACAAGUUUGCCUCCAGUACACCCCCUCCUCUUCUUGUGAUCGGCGGGGCCCUGAACCAGCUGUCAUCGUGUUCAGGUACUCCCAUAAAUGUUUCACACCCUGAUGGUCAAAGUCGGAGCAUUAUGGCUAACAGCAGAGAGCCACGUCCGGAUGGUUCCCCCGGACCGCCUAUCCUGUCACUGCGAGGGGAAACGGAAAGGCCAGGAGGGGCGGAGGCGGUCCGGGAUCCUGAGCGAGUGUCGCCAAGCCCCCUGCCCCGAUGCUCCUCCACAGACACGGCCAGCGAGCACUCGGCAGACCUGGAGGUGGUCGCAGAUGUUUCCUCACGCCCGCCCUGCAGUCUCCCCGACACACUCUCUGACGCCCUAGCCAAAGGACUCAAAAAUCAGCGAGUCCUGGCCCGUCAGGCCCAGAGGCGAAGCGAUGAAGAUGGUGGAACUGAAAGGAGGAAUGACGGGAAGAGUUCUGACUUGGUUUUCUGUGCCGGUGUGGUCCGUAGAGUCAACGGCGAAUAUGGAAGCCUGGAAGUGCAACUGAAUGGGGAGAAGACACUCUGCCGUUAUCCUUAUCGACACAUCAGCCCCCAAGGGGUUGUAGACAUCGUCCUUGAUGCCCCACCACCUGGUGUCCACCCCAUUCCACUCGGCGCCCGCGUCUGUGUGCCCUUCAGCAACGAGGAAGGCAGCGAGGCCCAGUGGUACCGGGAAGGCUUGGUGACUCAGGUGGAUACUCACCCAGCGGUGGCUAAUCGCUACCGUGUUCUAUUGUCUGAUGAGAGAGCUUCAUCUCUGAAUGAAGAUGUAGAUGACCGGGUUGCAGCCAGCGCCCCCCAGGCUGUUUGGGUGUCCAGACAAACACUCCGGCUCCUGGUGCCACCCUGGGACCUGGACUUACCCUCAAGAGAGGUAGAGGAGGACGGUCGAGAAAAUGAAAUGGAGCAGGAAGACAGGGAUGAAAUGGACGUGGAGCAAGAGGUGUGCCGUCUCAGCCGCGGAAUGACACCGGGUGUCGGGUCUGUGUUAGGGAGGGUGUACCCUUGCAUGAUCCCUGUCUCCUCGACACCGGGACACAAUAUUAACACUCCAGUCACGCCGGCCUCAGUCCUCAGCCUGGCUCCUGGCCCGGAGUGGGACAUUGAAAAAGACCUCGGAAGAGAGCGGGAUCUCCAGAGAAAACAGGAAAGAGACAGGGAGAAUAUUGCAAAGCAACAGCAACAACACCAUUCGUACAUGCCACUCAACCCUGAGGACGACAUGGAGGUGUCCCACUUCAACAUGGUCCCCAUGGGAGCGCUAAGACUGGGACCGAAACCCAUGGCAGUUCCUCAACACCGCCACAUAGUCUCUAAGCCCCCGCCCGGCUACCUCAAUCCUCAUAUGUCUGUGGUGCAGGGCCUUGGAAUUCCUUCUGGUCACCUUGCCCUAAACCCUCACCCGCCUCCCUCCCCGGUACUGCUCGGUCUGGACCCGGCCGUCGCAGCCGCGGCAGCUAGUACUGCUGUCAUUUCCACUGCCCAGCUCCCGCCCCUGCCGCCUAUCUCCUCCAGCAUGUCCUCCCCCAGAGUGGAGAAAGCAUCAGGAGGUAGCUCCUCUGGUGGAGGUGGUGCUUCUGGAUCAGGUUCCACUUCCUCCUCAUCUUCACGUUCGCGCACCCCACUGACAGCUGCCCAGCAGAAGUACAAAAAGGGAGACGUGGUGUGCACGCCAACGGGCAUCCGCAAGAAGUUCAACGGGAAGCAGUGGAGGAGGCUUUGCUCUCGCGAGGGAUGCUCCAAAGAGUCUCAGCGCCGAGGAUACUGCUCCAGACACCUCUCCAUGAGGACCAAGGAAAUGGAAGCCAGCGGGGGCAUCCGGGAGCGAGGAGGGGCCAGCAGCACGGGAACCUUGACGCCGUCUGACCUGCGACAUAGCGGAGGGCGAACCAGCUCCGAGUUUGACUGGGAUGAGACUUCCCGAGAAAGCAGUGAGGCCAGCAGCCGUGGAGGAGACUCCCGGCCUCGCCUGGUCCUGCCCUCCCUUCUUCCCCAGGAUCUUUCUCGCUUUGACUUUGACGAGUGUGAAGCGGCGACCAUGCUGGUCUCCUUGGGGGGUUCCCGUUCUGGCACGCCCUCGUACUCGCCAAUUUCCAACCAGUCGCCCUUCUCCCCUACCCCGUCGCCCUCCCCCUCGCCGCUCUUCGGUUUCCGCCCGGCAAACUUCAGCCCCAUCACCGCCCCCUCUUCGCGGCAUCAUCGCCAGCUGAGCGGCACCAAACUGGGCACUCUGGGCGCAGAACGAGAACGCCACCUCUCAGGCAUUGUGCCCACUUUUCAGACCAACCUCACUUUUACGGUGCCCAUGAGUCCGAGCAAGAGAAAGCUGGACAGCCACCCUCCUCCUCCGCUGCCAGCAGUCCACGACUAUCAGAGCAAACCGGAGCAACAGCAAAUGGUGACUGUGGGGGGAGGUCUUGUCGGUGAUCUGCAUCUUGGCCCCGCUGCCUUCAGAGUCCUUUCCCCGCAGAGUCAACCGACAACCCCUUCCUCGCUGACUUUCCCACGGCCACGUAGCGCCACCAGCCGUCCCCCGUCCUCUGCCGCCUCCACACCCCCGCCAAUGCUGGUCUCGCCCACGCCCCCCUCCCCGCUGCCUCAGGAACCUUCUCCGCGCCGCAUCGUGCCCCUGCGGGAUUCUCCGGUUAUCGUCCGCAACCCCGACGUCCCCCUGGCCAAGUUCUCGGAGGGGCCCCUAGCAAGGCGGGAGAGGAGCCGAUCCAGGGAGCUCAGUCAGGCCCAACACGCGGUCCCGCCAGGCCUGCAGGCGCCCGUUCCUAUCAAUGGAGCCACUACCAACGGCGCCGUUCUCCUGCGCAACCCUGCAUCUGCGCUAGUCCUGGUCACGUCUAGCUCGUCCCUCACCCCAACCUCAGCAGGCCACGCCGCCCUCUCCAGUUCGUCCACGGCCGGAUCAGUGUCAGCUACCGCCGGCCCCGUCCCGUCCUCGUCGGGGUCCGGGGGCAGGGAGAGAAAGGCCGAGGGCCACCAGGAGGCCGCCGGUGGGGCCCUGCCGCAGCCGGUGGCGUGCCACCCGACACCCACGGCGCUCCUGCCGCUCAUUCUGCCCGCCGAGUCUUCGCACCCUGCGCCCCGCAAGCAAAUCAUCAUGGGACGUCCCGGCACGGUGUGGACCAACGUGGAGCCUCGCUCUGUUCCCGUCUUCCCUUGGCACUCGCUCGUCCCCUUCCUGGAGCCCGGCCAAUCGGGAGCGGCCGUCGACGGCCGGCAGAUCGGCAGUCAAAGCCAAGAGCCUCGUUGCGGCGUGGCCCCGCUGGGCGACGGGCGUCCCCCCGACCCGGCGAGGGCGUCGCCCUCACGUCCGCCUCCGACCAAUAACAACGGCGCCCCCGCCGAGGGGGGCGCGGCCGACAGCGAGACCGAGAGCGACGCCGACGACCCCUUCUCCCCCGGCAUGGCCGCCAACGACGAGUCGCCCUCGUGUGGCCCCACCAAGAGACGCACGCAGUCCCUCAGCGCCCUCCCCAAAGACGCGGACAGGAAGAGGGAGAAAGAGCACAUCCGCCGGCCCAUGAACGCCUUCAUGAUCUUCAGCAAGCGCCACCGGGCCCUGGUCCACCAGCGCCACCCCAACCAGGACAACCGGACCGUCAGCAAGAUCCUGGGCGAGUGGUGGUACGCGCUGGGCGCCAACGAGAAGCAGCAGUACCACGACUUGGCCUUCCAGGUGAAGGAGGCCCACUUCCGAGCGCAUCCCGACUGGAAGUGGUGCAACAAGGACCGCAGGAAGUCCCUGUCCGACGGCCGCGGCGCCCCCAAGGACGCGCGGGAGAGGAGCGUGUCGGAAACUACAGACUCGCAUUCGGAGUCUCGGGCGCCGGAGGGCAAGGCGGCGAGCUCGCCGUGGACCGGCGGAGGCGAGCGCCAGGCGGGGGAGCCGUUCGACGGGCGGCGCCCCCGUCCCAGAGCGUUUUCCCACAGUGCCGUGCACAGCCUGGAGCGCCACGGAGACGGCCAGAAGGAGGACAGGUCCAGUUUUUUCCGCAGCCGGCCGCUGCUGCCGUACUCCCACCACCAGGGCGGCGCGAGCGAGGAUGUCACCAGCGACGAGGAGCGCAUGGUCAUUUGUGAGGAAGAGGGGGACGACGAUGUCAUGGAGGACUCGUGUCCCGAAGGCUCCAUUGACCUCAAGUGCAAGGAGAGAGUGACGGACAGCGACGAAGACGAGCCCGACGGCCAGCACGACUUCCAGCCACCGGCCCAAUCGCCUCCCGACCAGCGGGACACGAAGACGGGCGCGGGUGCCGCGGAGGAGGACGGCAAGGGCGGCUCCGGGGGGGCGGCGGCCUCCCCGCCCGCGGGGAGCUCCGCACGUGCCGCCGAGGGCUACCCGCCUCAAGAUAAGAAAGCCUCCACCCUGAUUGGAGGCCAGCAGCCGCCAAUCGCCGCAGGGGGCGGGUACUUGUCCUCUGCCUCUCCCGGCCCUGGCUUAGUUUUCGGGGGCUCCUCGCCCCACGCCCGGCCGCCCCCCCUCGCCGUAAUCGGUCCCGCCGCCACCUCCUCCGUCGGCCCCGAGUACAUCCUGGCGGCCCCCCGGAGCUCCUCCCCGCCUCAACUCGCCUACCGGCGAGCGGGCUCGCUGCCCGCUGACUCCCCCCCGUCGGCCGACGGCGCGCCACACCAGGGGACGGGAGUGACGGCUGUGGCAGGAAGCAGAGUUCAAGUGCAGCUGCAGAGUAAGAUGCUGGUUCCCAUGGCGACGGUCCAAGCCGGGUCCACGCCUCCACCUGCGCCCGUCGUCUCCUUGGUGGCGCCGCCUCUUCAUGUGCACAAUGGCCCCGCCGCAGGAAACAAGAUGGUCCCGAUCGCCCCCGUGCCGGUGGUCCCGAGCGGCGUUCGCGGCGCAGCGGUGCACCAUGGGAGCCCCUUUCCCGUUUCCAUGGCGACGGUGCUGCCUCCGGGCGCCGCACCCCCACAGACGCUUCUCCUGACCACGCCGCCCACCAGGAUCACCUACGUCCAGUCCAGUCCGGGCGUUACCACGGCGAUGCCCCGACAAGCUCCAGUGCUGCCGGGCGCCGCCUAUCUCUCGUCUCCCCUGACCACGUUAGGCUUCGCCGCCAUCGCGCCCGCCGGGCACGCUCUGCUGGCUCCGGCGCUGACCGGCCAGAACCAGAACGCCAAGAGCGCCUCUGCCGCCAGCGUUGCCCGGCAGGUUCUUACCCCCGUGCACCCCACCGGGCCCGCUGCCCCGUCGGCGUCCGGCAUGGUUGCCGUGACAACCGCGUCGCCCGCCGCUGACGUGGCGACGGAGGUUGAGAUGAAGAAAGAGCUCAGCCAGACAGACGUCAAGGAGGAAGGAGAUCAAGACGUCAAGGGGAUCGCAGAAAAACGAGAAGACGACCUCGGCGAGUUCGUCGAGGAGGAAAGUGUCAAGCGCGAAGCGGAGGAGGAAGAGGAGAGCAGGGAUGAGAAACGACGAGGAAGAGACGAAGAGGCCGGAGCUCAUUGUGCUCGUCCGCCGCCGUCUUCGGGUUUGGAGCCGGCGGCUUCGUCCUCCAAGAGGAUCAAGUUCCGACCUCCGCCGCUCAAAAAGACGCCCGAUCUCCACGACAAGCUUUUGUCGGAGACGUACUUCGAGGAGCGCUUCGCCGAGCUUCCCGAGUUCAACCCGGCGGAGGUGCUGCCCUCGCCCACCCUGCAGAGUCUGGCCACGUCGCCGCGAGCCAUCCUGGGCAGCUACCGCAAGAGGCGGCGCAACUCCACGGAGCUGGAGCCGGCCACGGAAGACCCCGGCUCGCCGAGGAGGAAGACUCGCCGCCUCUCCAGCUGCAGCUCGGAGCCCAACACCCCGAAAAGCGCCGCCAAGUGCGAGGGCGACAUCUUCACCUUCGACAGAGCAGGUACGGAGGGGGAGGAUCUCCUCGGAGACCUGGACCGCGUGCCCUUCUCGUCCCUGCGUAGAACUCUGGACCAGCGGCGGGCGCUGGUCAUGCAGCUCUUUCAGGAACACGGCUUCUUCCCCUCAGCUCAGGCCACGGCGGCCUUCCAGGCCCGCUACGCGGACACAUUCCCCACCAAGGUGUGCCUGCAGUUGAAGAUCCGAGAAGUCCGCCAGAAGAUCAUGCAGGCCGCCGCGCCGGGGGCCGCGGACGGCGGCGGUUUCUCGGUCGAGGCCCCGCAAAGCUCCUCCGCCUUCGACCCGUCGCCGCGGGAAGACGGAGGAGGAGCCGAACGACCCGACGACAAAGUAGGCCGGAACCUGGAGGAGCCCAAAAGCGGUUUCUAAGAAGUUUGGAUGCAGCCGCUUCCCCUUAAUCCGACCUGGGUGGGAAACACUCUCGUGGAAGGCGCUCUCAUAACCCCAAUAUUCACAAACUGGAGGAAAACGUACGCUCAGGUUCGGCCUCGGCACAUUUGUACAGUAGUUUGUCGUCGGGACGCAAACUCUGUGGUACGCGCGCGCGCACUUCUAUAUACACGUAUGUACGUGUCACGGUGCAGAUGUAAUCUCCAGCAUGACGCUGACACACACUUAGCAAAUCAGACUGUUACUCUUGGAUGGCAGCAUCCGGAAGCCCACACACACGCGCGCACAUAGAAAAGGCACUUUGUCACUUGUUAUCGUGCAGAUGCAGUUUAGCCGUCGCCAGCCCUCACUCGCCAUCGACUUGACCUCGUCGUCCGGCCACUCCUCAGCACAGUGGGUCCGGACGCAAAACCACAACCCCGACGACCUCCGCUGAUAUUCCACGGCCCCUCGAUGCUGCACACACACGCACGCACGCACGCACGCACACACACAUGCACACACACACACGCGCAGUCAGUGCAGCGUGUGCGCCGUGACCAAGCCAUGACCCCCCCCCCCCAGCACAGUUCGCUCAGCGAUUGUAACGACAAAGUGAGAGAUCUCUCCGUGAUGCCGUCGUGACCAAUCUUUGCACCUUCCCGUCGUAUUCGUGUCGGAAACUGAACCGUCGUCCGAUUGUGUGCGUGCUCGGAGCACCUCGGAAAUCCUCAAGAGAUUUCGUGUGACAGAAACUGGACGCCGGACGGAAGGUUGAAUCCCAAAAAGUUCUUAUGCAAAGCAUCAAGAAGAUGUCAGGCUCAACGACGCAGAGGCCAAACAAUGAAGCGCACUUGUUGUCGGAAUCUCCCCGUCGGAUACGAUGUCGCUUUCUCUGGUUUUCGUGGAAAUGAGCAGUUGAAGCGUGGCCUGCUUUUCUCUCGUGGCUUGUGUUUCUUCUCCAGCAUAAAGUCAAGAAAAUCGCAACAACAAAAAACGACUUUGGACUUAGAACGGGGUGAGAGAACGUUAUCCGUCCCCACCCCAACCGUGAUUUUAAAUGUACGAGCGGGAGGGGAGGUGUGGCCCCCCCUCGUCGUGUCUCUUUGUAAAAUGUUGAAAUCAGGUGUUUGCACAAACCGCGCGGCCCAUCUCGUGUGAGAGCGCCGCAAGUUAAAUCAGGAAAGUAUUGUUUUUAGAGAUUGUUUUAGUAGAGCAGACUAUAACCUUGUUCCACGUGUUAUCGAUCACCUUUGAUCCCUUGCUCGCCCCUCGCUGUACCUCUCUCAAGCUUUGUUAGAAAGUGCCCUUAAGCACUGGUCCCGGGUCAAGCGCGAUGUAGCUCAGGAUGGAUUUGGUUAGGGUUCAGUUCAGGGAAAGCAGAUCCUCGACCAGCCCUGGAGGGCAGUCUCUGGAGCCCUCCCCUCUUCCCUCUCUUCUCGACACUUUAUCCUUUCCCAUCAAAUGGUGCAAUAGGACAUUUCUUUUUUCCGGGAAUUCUGGGAGGGUUGUUUGGUUUUGUUUUUUGCUUUUUUCCGGGGUGGGGGAGAAAGCUCAGUGCCAUAGAGAACGACAAGCGGUGCGGUCAAGUGAGCGAGCAGAAUGUGAUGCAGUCGCUUACGAAGCAGUAUUAGAGCCACGCUCAAAGGAACACCCCCGCCCCCCCCCCCCCCAAAAAAAAAAAUGACAGUCACAUUUUUAAGAGAAAAAAGUCAUCAUGUUAUGAGAAUAAAGUUGUAAUUGUAUGAGGGGAGCUCUGUUGGCUGCAUAAAGAUGAGCAAUACAGUUAACCUAAUAACAGACUUGCAUAAGUCAUUUUUAAACGGUUUUCGACACAAAUUCAACAAACAAGUAGAGUCCAUUUGCCUCAAUUCAACGUUUGCGCAUUACCGCGAUCUACAGGACUGACACUCUACACGCACUAAAAAGAACAUGUUUCGCAAGAACACCGGGUGUUUAUUUUGUUUUUUUUCUUUCUUUUUGAGAUUGUGCCAAAAAUGGCAUAGGCAAUUACGCAAUUAGGCUAACAAUAUAGAUGAUCUCAUCAAGUUAUUCAUAUAAAGUUGAAAAAUAUCUCACUUUAUUCCGGUAAUAGGACUUUUUUUUAUCUUGACAAAAUAUGACUUUUUAUCUAAAAAAAAAAAUAAUAAUUUCUCAUAACAUUACGACUUUUUCUUUUGGGAAAGUACAACUUUCUGCUUGGAAGAUUAAGAAGUUGAAUUUUAGGUUAUGAUUUUUUUAUUAAUCUCAGAUUAAUGUUUUUGCUCAAAAAAAUUACUUUUUAAUCCAAAAAACUCAACUUUAUUUUCCUAUUCCAACUUUUAUCUAAAAAAAUGUCACUAUUUUAAAAAAGUACAAGUUUAUAUUCAUAAUAGUGCAACAUUUUUCUUUUAAUCUUGAAAAACUAUGACUUUAUCUUCAUGAGAUGUCCAAUUUUUGUUAAAGAAAAAAAAGAAAGACUUUACAUUAUGGCUUUAUCCUUUGCCUGACUUUUCUUCUCAAAACAAAAUAACUUUAUUUUCAUAUUCCAACUUUUUUCUCAAAAAAAAUGUGACUAUCUUGAAAAAAUAGAACUUCAUUCUGGUAGUAUUGUAACAUUUUUCUUUCAUUUUGAAAAAGUAUGCCGUUAUUCUCGUAGGAGUUUUUCUCCCAAAAAAUAUCACUGUUUUCAAAAGAUUACGACUUUAUCCUUCCUAUUAGUAUAUUGUUAUUAGUUUUCUUUUGAGUGUGGCCCUAAUACUCCUUGGUAAUAUCUUAGCGAUUGUGUCGAAGAAAAAUGAAUGGCGCGAUUGUUGUUGUUGAAGAGAUUAGCGUGUAAAUUUAGUAAAAGUCAAAAAAUGGAAUAGCACUUUGUGGCUCUUGGCUUCCUUUGCUGAAGAGUUUGGAGGGGUAGUGAUUGUUAUUAUGGGUAUCGCUUUUAUUUCUCUGUAAACUGUUGGAUGUGUGGAAAAAC